GGGCGGGGCGAAGCGAGUUCAAGGUGAUUCAGAAGCCCUCCCACACGCGCGGGGCAUUCUGGGACUCCAAGAUGGCGGCUCUCAGAGGUAUUCGAACAGUUUCAUCGUGUCUAUUUCAGUCCCAGAGCUGUGGAGUAUGGAGAGGCCUUGGCACUUCGGCUCCUGUCCUGCAGAAGCAAGCCCAGGCGGAGAGUCCAAAGGCAGAGGGAGUGUUCCCCGUGACCAUGAUCCCUGGGGACGGGGUGGGCCCAGAGCUCAUGCACUCAGUCAAGGAGGUGUUCAAGGUUGCUGGCGUCCCAGUCCAGUUUGAUGAACAUCACCUGAGUGAGGUGCAGAACAUGGCCUCAGAGGAGAUCCUGGACAAGGUUUUUGAAUCCAUGAAGAAGAGCAAAGUUGCCCUCAUAGGGAAGAUCCACACCCCGAUGGAGUACAAAGGGGAACUGGCCUCCUACGACAUGAGGCUCAGGCGCAAACUAGACCUCUUUGCCAACGUGGUGCACGUGAACAGCCUCCCCGGCUACAAAACCCGGCACAACAACUUGAACCUGGUGAUCAUCCGGGAGCAGACAGAAGGGGAAUACAGCUCCCUGGAGCAUGAGAGUGCGAAGGGGGUCAUUGAGUGCCUGAAGAUCAUCACUCGGGCCAAAUCCCAGCGCAUCGCCAAGUUUGCCUUUGAUUUUGCCACCAAGACGGGGCGCUCCAAGGUCACGGCCGUCCACAAAGCCAAUAUCAUGAAGCUGGGCGAUGGGCUGUUCCUACGCUGCUGUGAGGAGGUGUCGGAGUUGUAUCCCAAGAUCAAAUUCGACACCAUGAUCAUAGACAAUUGCUGCAUGCAGCUGGUGCAGAACCCUUACCAGUUUGACGUCCUGGUCAUGCCCAACCUGUACGGCAACAUUAUCGACAACCUGGCGGCCGGCCUCGUUGGGGGGGCUGGCGUGGUCCCUGGGGAGAGCUACAGCGCUGAAUACGCCGUCUUUGAGAUGGGCGCCCGUCACCCCUUCGCCCAGGCCGUGGGGAGGAACAUCGCCAACCCCACCGCCAUGCUGCUUUCCUCCGCCAACAUGCUGCGACAUCUCAACUUGGAAUAUCACUCGGCUAUGAUCUCUGAUGCGGUGAGGAAGGUGAUCAAGGUUGGCAAGGUGCGGACCCAGGACAUGGGCGGGUACUCUACCACCUCCGACUUCGUCAAGUCUGUCAUUGACCACCUGCACCCCCACUAUGGCGUCUAGGGCUUGGGGGCCCAUCUCAUCCCCCACAGACUUCACGCUCCCAGCAUGUGCAGGCCCCUGAUCCUCUCAUUUCCUUCCUUUGGGACAGAGAAGGCAAAACACAAAGCCCAAGUUGUUUUAGGCCCAGCUCGGCCCUAGACUUUUGGCAGCACUGAGCUCAGAACUUUCUGCAGAAGGCUUCUGGAGGACUCGCCUUUUGGAAGUCCCUGGAUUGUGGGGAAAGCUGCUCUGGAGUGGGUUCUGGUGGUGUUUUUAGGUCAAGCAGUGUUUGCAGUAUCUCAAAUCCUUCACAGAAUCAAGGACCCUUUAGCGAACCAGGGAGAAGAGCACUUGGGAGGGUUUUCCCCCAGAGACACCUUGAACAGUGGAGGAUGGAGGAGUCAAUCAUGCAGUCAGUCAUGGCAGAAGACGUUAGAGUCAAUCAUGUAGUUUACCUGGUCUUUGAAGCAGAGAGGGCCUCAGGAAGCCCAGAAUGUAUUAAAUUAUACCUGAGUUGGGAGGGAAGGGUAUGGUCUGUGGGAAGGGAAUGCCGGACACUCCAGAGUCACGCACUGUGCUAAUAAUAGUGAAUAAAUGUGUAAUAUUAUUAU